AUGCCGCACACAUUCCUCCCUCCAAAAUCCGCUGCCUGCCCCGUGUCCACCUCGUCCACCCCAAACAUAGCCGCUCCCCUCCCCUUCCCACUGCCUCCACAACGCUGCCUCCUCUUCGCGUGGGGUGGAGGCGGCCGGAUCCGUGGCCCGGUGUCCCGAUCUGCCGGGGGAUGGAUAGAUCCAAGCAGCCGCGGCAAGGAAGACCAAGGGCGCAUCGGCGGCGACGGCAUCCCCCGCAUCAGUGAACUCCCACUUCCAUUUUCAAUUCUCACCAUUCCUUUUCUACCUGCAGCCACAUGUGCAAUAUUUAUUUUUCCAUCUAUGCAGGGCGAUUCAGCAACUCUGCUAGUUAUAUAUGGAGUGUCUGUAAGGUUCUUAGAAAAGCUUAUGCUGAUGAUGACUUAUGAGGUUGUGAGCACCAAUCCUUCUGAUUCUGAAGGCGAAGCUGACAAAGAAAGGAAGGGCAAGGACCAAAUCAUCGGCAUCAGCCAAGAAGAAGUCCCCCCAGUGCCCCAGCCCCACCUCGUGGUCCCCGAUGCCCGCGCCGCAGGAAGGCCAAGAGCCUGCGGGGCGACCGCCCAGAGAGUAGAUGAAGAUGACGACAUGUCUCCUCCCUUCUAUUUCCGCUUCAGAUGCAGUCAGGCAGCUCAGGUGCGCGUCAGCAGCUGGUGUGCCAACGGAAGGAAGAAGAGGAAAUGUGGCGAAUGCACGACGGACUGGAAGCGCCGCCCGUGCAUCUCCACUAUGCUCUCCACCAGCAUGCUCUGGGGCUCCGCCACUUCGGUGCCAACUUGGGCUCCAAUGCCGUCGGGAGCAUCCCUCACCCUGCCUUCACAGGCCCUUUGGCAGGCACUGCUGCUGCGAUGA